AUGCUUUUACAUACACAUUUCCGACACGUUUUUAGAGCUGGUAGAGGCGCGAGUACGCUAAAACUUUCCUUUACAACUUUCGCACUAGUACAAAGUUUUUGGGUCCGCACAAAAUGUGUAUCAAUGAACAAUCAUGAGAUCCUUUCGGGUUUAGCAUUAGACCCAUCAGAUCCACCCAAGGAACCAAGGGGUUGGUGGGUUUCGCAUGGGAUUAUGGGGAGCCUAAAUACCCAGUCAAGCGCCCUAUGCUAG